AUGGCGUCUUUGCUGCCUCUCCAGUUCCUGCUGCUGCUCUGUGUGGCACUGCAGCAGUUGUCUGGGAGUCUCAAGGAGCGCUUUCUGAAAUACAUCUUGGAGCCUCCACCCUGCAGAUCAGAACCUGAGGACUGUUCGAGUUUCUGCACGGUCCAGGAAGAUUGCAAGGCCCAAGGACUUAGCUGCUGUGCUGCCUUCUGUGGGGCGAUCUGUUCACUAAACAUGCCUCCGGAACCCCCAAACUGAGGGACCGCCCUAUCCUAGAGCUGCCGGCGGGAGCCCAACAGAAGAGUCUCAGCCACUGUCACGGUUCCUUAUUUCUUUAUUUUUUGGUUGUUAUUGCUCACAUAUUACCAACACUCCUUCUCUUUCCAAGAUUAAGAUUUCCACCAAGUCCUGACUAGAAGAGCCUCCUCCAGUCCUAACCCUUCCUCCCCACCACUGCAUUAUGAAAUCUCUGACUCUGCUUCUCUGAACACACCCCAAAAUGACUGCAUCCACAGACCUUCCCCCGGCCCAGAAUCCACCUUUACCCCAGACUGCCUGGAACACUAUUCCUGGGGUCUGGAAGUGUCCUCAAAACCCCAAACAAGCGUGGGUCUCUGCUUUGGCCUGCCCUCCUGCCACCAGCCGUCAUUUAGGGGACCCUGCAUUCUGACCCUGGAGGGCCAGCUCCGGGAAGCUGUGG